UCCAUUUAAAUAAAAAAGAGAAGUUGACAUUGAGAGGCACUUGUACUAAAAUACCUUAAAGCAGCCUCAGUUUGUGCCCUCAUAUGGAAGUCCUGAUUAGGCUCAGAGUGAGAUGUACCUCCGUAUAUUGAGUAUCAUUUCAGCUGGUGAAGAUCGGCCGCGUUUAAAGAAUGUUUUUGGCGCAUUUCCUUGACUUCAAAAUAACAGGAAGCUGCUUGUUUUUUUCUGUCGGCGGACAGAAAUCCGGCUCGGAGCUGACGUCUCCCCCUUUAUGCGCCGGGACGCGGAGGCUGUGCGCAUCACGCAUCUGUGUUUGGAUCGUCGUGGGAUAAGUGGGACGAUGCUUUAUUUUAUUUUUGUUGCAGUGGGCGGAUUGGUCUGUGGUCGCAUCCGGAACUGAAGAUAUGAAGGACAACUGAUUCUGCUCAGGGUUUUUUUUGUUUUUUAUUUUGGCCCGUCCGCUUCAAGGACGCGCUCAUGCGUUUUUUUUUUGUCUGGCUAUUCAAAGCUGAGCCGCAACAAAAAAAAACGCUGUCGGGGUUCAGAAAAAGCCUACAUUUGAAUCACGAUUGGACGUUUUGCGUCGCAUGGCGUAGGUUGCUGGAAGGAUGUGAGCUGACAAGGAGAUCUCCGCUUUCUCGCUCCGCAGCCUCCUCACACACACACACACACACACACACUGCCCCUCAUGAUGCCCAGGGCUUUACGGAGGCUGGUCCAUUUGAUGCUGUUCUGCCCUGUGUCCAAAGGCCUGCAGAGUCGUCUCCCGGCCAUCAAGGUGAAGUAUCUCCUCCUGGCCUGGCUGGGCAUCCUCAUCGUCAGCUGGAUCGUCUACAUGCAGUAUGCCUCCUACGCUGAGCUCUGCCGCGGGCAUGUUUGCCUAAUGGUCAUUCUGACGUGCGUCUUUUUCUCGUUCAUCCAGUGUGAUCACUACAAGAGGGGAAUAAUAUCAGGCUCGUCCUGCAAGGCAUUGUGUGACCAGAAAACACUGACCCUGCACCACUGCAUGUCUACCUCCCCGACAAAUCAGGUUUACAUUGGACUGUGGAAAGACAGGCCUGUGGUGGUAAAAUGUGGCAUUGAGGAGCAGGCGAGCUCAGGCAGAGCUCCAGAAUCCGUGCUGCGACAGGAGAUGAGUUUGUUUGACAAGCCCACGCGUGGAACCUCUAUGGAUGAAUUUAAAGAGAUGCUCCACAGCUUCCUGAAGGACGGCAAAGUGUCUCUGGCGGAGGCCAAGUCCAUCUGGGCUCUCCUCCACAUCAACGAGUUCCUCCUGAUGGUGGCCCUGCACGAGAAGGAGCACGCCCCCAAGCUGCUGGGCUUCUGCGGGGACCUGUACGUGACGGAGCGCGUGGGCCACGGCUCCCUCUACACCCUGGAGGUGCCCAUCUACCUGAGGGCGGUGGUCCCCGAGGCCCUGAGCUCCGGCCUGAACCACUGGCUGGCCCCGGCGUGGCCCCGGCGGGCCCGCAUCACCAUCGGCCUGCUGGAGUUCGUGGAGGAGGUCUUCCACGGCUCGUACGGGAGCUUCCUCAUAUGCGACGCCAGCCCCCACCGCGUGGGCUACAACGCCAAGUACGACUGCAAGAUGGCCGACCUGCGCGGCGUGGCCUCGGAGGCGGCGGUGCGGGCCUUCUUAAAGGGCCGGCGCUGCGAGACCAACGCCGACUGCACCUACGGCCGGGACUGCACGGCCACGUGCGACCGGCUGGUCAAGCAGUGCAACACCGAGGUCGUGCAGCCCAACCUGGCCAAGGUGUGCGUGCUGCUGCAGGACUUCCUGCUCUUCGGGGCGCCCGCGGACCUGCGCGGGGACCUGGAGAAGCAGCUGCGCACGUGCGUGACCCUCAGCGGCCUGGCCAGCCAGAUGGAGGUCCACCACUCGCUAGUUCUGAACAAUCUGAAGACGUUGCUGUGGAAGAAAAUCUCAAACACCCAGUACUCCUGA